CCCCGCCGCCGCAUCUCGCCCGAUGCGGGGAGGGGUGACCUCGCCGCCCCCCAACGGGGCGCUUGCUCCCUCAGGGCCGCACACGGCGUUGCCGGAAGCGCGGCGGGCGCGGGGAGGCGGCGGGAGCGCCCUUUAUCACCCGCAGCACCCCCCGCACCGCCCGGCGCGGGUUACCUGGAACUCGGCGAAGUCCUCACAGCUCGCCGCUCCGCCGGGCGCCGCCAUACUGGAAAGGCCGACGGCCGCGGCGCCAGCCAAUCCAGCGGGGAGGCGGGAUGACGCUCGGAGGUGGAGCGGCCCCCGGCCGGGCACCGAUAGCGGCGGCGUAGGGCGACUCCGCCGCUUAGAGGGUUCCGGGGCGCCCCGCUUCCCCGCCGCGGCCCCGGCCUCCGUGCACGUUCGCGCGUUCCUCCAGUGCCGGUGCCGGGCGCCGGCCCAGCGGUGACAUUGAGGAGCCAGGGCAGCGCGAUGUGGGGCCGCGCCGGUGGGGCUGUUCAACUGCUGGGAAGAAAUACUCCCUCAAUUCUGAGGAUGAUUAAAGGAAUGGAUCCAAAUACAAGCAGAAGGGUUUGCAUUAAACCCCAGGAAGAAGGUCAACAUCAGCCAAAAAGUCGGUCUACUUUGAGGGUGCCUGGACACAAGCCUACAGACUGGGACAAAAGAUUUUUGUUGUGGGCAGGCCAUUUCAAAAAACCAGAGGAUAUACCAGAGACUGUCUCGAUUGAUACAAUCAGAGCAGCAAAGACCACACUGCGUGUGAAAUUCAGCUAUGUGAUGAUUGCCUUGACAAUAGUGGGAUGCAUAAUCAUGGUGAUUAGAGGGAAGCAGGCUGUAAAAAGGCAUGAAACUCUUACAAGCGUAAACUUGGAAAAGAAAGCACAAUGGAGAGAGGAAGCUGCUCAGAGCACAUCUGCUAAACCUUAGAGGAGGAAAUGAAGAGACCAUGUACUGGGGAAGAAAAGCCGAGUCCCUCUUGGCACUGGAAGAAUAUAGUCAUAUCGUUUGUGUAUGUUAGUUCUGUACUCUCAUGUUCAAGAAAAUGCAUACAUUAUCCUGUACUCAUUAAAAGCAGAAAUACUUUUCCUAACAACCUC